CAUUGACCGAGUUAAAAUAUCACGACUUACGAGUAAGGUUUCGUGUAAUUGGAUUGUUGUAUUAAAAAUUGGUUUUAUGAAUUAAUUUCAUUACAAAGACACCAGCUCUAGUCUUCAAAAUGUGGCUCGAUCAAGCAGAUGGAUUUGAUGAGAUAUUUAAGGGAUAUUUGCCUUAUUAUUUACUAGUAAUGUUUCCGAUUUUAAUAAUAAUGUCUCCGGUAAAUCCUGUUGCGGCUUCUCAUGAAUUUUCCGUGUAUAGAAUGCAACAAUACGAUCUUCACACAGUGCCCCAUGGAUGUCGUAGUGCAAGUUUCAACCUGGAAGGCCGAUCCCUUACUUCAUGGAGCACUUCUCGUCAUUGUGUGGUUGCAAGAAUCGAAGACAUCACAAUUGAACAGUUUAUUGACAUCAGAAGUAAAGCUGGUGCUCUCUUGCUUGUGCUUCCUAAAAAUGAUACUGUUUUGACUGAUGAUGAGAGAGAGCACAUUUAUCUACUAGAAGCAGUUAUGGCUCAACAAGAGAUUAACUUGCCAGUCUACUUUGCCAAGUGGACUUCGGACUUUGAGUAUAUAAUCAAAGACCUACAACAUAGCUUUAUAACUGAUGAAAAAUCUGGAACUGCACUCGAAGCUAUGUUUAAUACUGUAUCGUCUAAUGGAUAUCAGAUAGUUGUGUCAACAUCAGCUGUACAGAAAUUAGACUCAAAGCCAACAACACUGCAUGGAAAGUUAGUUGGUCGAGCUCUCUCUUCACAAACUAUAGUGAUUGCCGCCCAUUAUGAUGCCUCAAGUGUUGUUCCAGAGUUAUCCUUUGGCGCUGAUUCCAACGCAUCGGGUGUCGUCGCACUACUGGAAUUAGCUCGGGUUUUUUCACGUCUAUACGGUAGUCCUGCAGUGCGCGGUGGUCCCUCUAUUCUCUUUGUGUUGGUGUCAACUGGACAUUCUCUCAAUUAUUUUACGACUAAGAAAUGGCUUGAAGAGCACUUGGACUCAGCUGAUCCGUCAUUGCUGCAGGAUGUUUCAUUUGUAAUGUGCCUCGACUCAAUAUCUUCCGGCCCACUAACAAUGCACGUGUCCAAACCGCCUAAACCCGGCACCGCGGCACAUUCGAUCAAGUCUCGUCUAUCAGCGCCCUUCGUUCACAAGAAGAUCAAUCUGGCGGACGAAUUACUCGCCUGGCAUCACGAACGAUUCAGUAUUAGACGGAUGACCGCGUUUACAUUAAGUUCUCUGCAGAGCCACAAGGAGACACGUAAGUCGUCCCUUCUAGACUCAUACCGAGAAACAUCUUUGGACACAUUAGUAGAAAAUAUACGGACUACGGCGCGUGCGCUGGCCUCUCACGUGUAUGACGUCACGAAUGAAACUAGUGGGGAGGACUCAGCCAUGUUUGAUGAGGCUUUGAACGUGGAUGAAGCUUCAGUGCGCAGUUGGUACAAGUAUUUAUCAUCACAGGCGCGUGCGCCACAUAUGCUUACUGCUAGUACUGGAGGUGUGAACGCUGCAUUGGAGAGAGCAAUGUCUCGUUACAUGGAGGUCACAAGUUCGAUUCACGUUGUAGAUAAAAGGGAACCCGAGUACACAUUGUACGGACCAACCAAAGCUGUAUUAUAUGUUUAUAGUGUAAAACCAGCCGUGUUCGAUCUCAUUCUCACUUUGGCGAUAAUCGCCUAUCUAUCUCUAGUCUAUUUUGCUAUACAAAUAUUUCCGCGUUUCUAUACCGAAUACGCAAAAAUUGUUACUGGUAAGGAGAAAGUGUACUAAGUCUUCAGGCCUCUUUAGUUCAGUAAUGGCACCACAAGCGCGCUUAAAGUAAAACGAGCAGUGUGAUUAAACAAUAGAAAACAUUUCAGUAUAAAAUUUGACAGUUAACAUUCAUAAAAACAAUGUCUUAUUACUCUUGUUUAACUAAAGUACUCGAGUCUUUUAACGGCGUAAAUAAAAUGUGUCAGAAAGAGACAAAAUACUACUUAAGUAUAACAUUCUGUAAACUCAGAUAUUUAAAUUAAUAAAACAUAAACUUAUAAGGUUUUAUUAUAAAUAGAAACAAUACUGUAUUCAUAUACGCGCGACCAAUUGAACUAAGGGGAUGUAUUUUUUUUAACACCAUAGACAAAUAAUAGAGUAAAUCUAUUUAUUUGCCACCAAUGAUAAUGGUGGCAAACAAGCCUUGUCCUGCUCAUACAAAUGAAUAUUACAUGCAUUGUCUCAUUUUUGCAAAUUUCUAUGAUUCUCUAUUGUUCGUCUUUGGUCUACUGUCAAUGCUAUCAACAAAGAUUUGUGAUUCAACCAAAAACGUUUUAAAACGAGUUCGAUAUUUAAACAUCAUUUGACUAAUACUAGAAAACACGAACUAAACAUAUAAAGACAUUGACUUGAAAUCCUCUUUAAUUUAUUAUAACCUAUCAAAGCCACUUAAACGGAUGUUGUAACUGAAUAAAUAUUAUUAUGAAAUAAGUAUUAUCAUACUUUUUACUUUAUUUAUUGGUUUUUGCCGUCUUAAAAUUAUUCAAAAUUUCCUAACACGAUUUUUUACAGCGUACAUAACCAUUUUUCUAUCAAAAAUGUUAGUUUUUAUAAAUUAAAUAAUAUUGUUUCAUAUUUUGGAUGGUGAUAACGUAAAAUAAGUAACAGAUAUAUUUAUAAAAUUUACAGUUAAAACCAUAAAUUUAUUCGAUUUCAAUAAUUUAAAAGUUAAUAAACCGCGCUGCAAUCCUAAGCGAAUAAAUAUUUUAUUAGUUUUUAAGUAAAACUAAUUUGGUCGCAAUGUGUUUUAUUUGCCGUCCUAAUGUUCCUUUGAUAUCAGUGAGAAUGGAUUAUAAUAAAUAUUAUUACCUAUAUAUAAAAAUAUCAGGGCCGUUUUAAAAUUGCAUUUAUUUUGCUUGUAUAAAUUAUAAAUAAAAUUGUUCAUAUUAUAGUUAUAAACCUCAAACAGCUUAAAUAAUUUAAAGAUAUAUCACCUCAACGCAGUUUAUACUAGAUUUUGAUACCUUGUAGGAAAUAUAGUUUUAUUAUGUUUUGUUCUAGUACAAUCUGUCUGUUGUUUGCCCUUGUGACAUAACUAUUUGAGGUUUAUAGUUUAUGGAUACGAACGAAAUAAUACGUUCUAUAUUUAAAAAUAUUUUAUUUAAAAAAGAAAAAUUUUACGCCGGGUUCUGUAUCUAACCGUAUCUAGCAGUCAUUGAAGCUAUGCAAAAGAUUAAGUAUAUGCGCCUUUGUAUACAAAAACUUAUAGCAAUAACGAAAUGUGUAUAAAAAAGCGGACGUAUAACAAAUUUGUAAAAUUAUUUUAAAAUUGGUUAUGGUAUUAAUAUUUUUAGAAUAAGUUAACAUAUUUGUACCAAGUGAAGGCUAGUCGCCACUUACCAGUUGAAUGCUUAUAAAGUACAUUAUUUACCGUUAUGUAAGUUAUUGCUCAGUUUUAUAAUACUUCAAUACAUUAUUGUUAUAUUAAGUCCAUCAUUAUUUGUAUUAAUCUACUUUGGCAUUACAAGUGGGUAUAUUGUAAAAUUUCAAUUAAAUUUCGUGUUACCAGCAUUUAUUGGUUUUGGAUGAUGUGAAUUGAACAAAAUGUCAUGUGUAAACGGUGUAGUGAUUAGGAAUAAAUAAACACUGUUUUUAAUAAA